AUGAAUUAUCUCCUGUCAACAACUUUUAUCAUAAUGAGUAUACUCUCGGGAGAAAUUUUGGGCAUGCCACCAGCUCAGUGCAAUCCAAGCAUAUUGGAUGAGGUGCCGCCAAAGAUUCGCAAGGUCUGUGACGCCUUAUCGACCAUUUACCAGCUUGGUAUGGCUAUGGAAAAUUACAUUAUCGACAAAGCUCCGAUUUUACGUGAAAACGUGCCGGUAAUUGGAAACAACGUUAAACGCCAAGAUGUUGAUCAUGUAUUUUUACGAUUUGGAAGACGCUAA